AGGCAUUAGUGAUUUGGUUGUUUAAAAGUUGGGAAUGUCUAUGAAGCCGAUCUUUGAAGGAAAAUAAACAUAAACAUUUAGUUUUCUUGAGCGGUUUCUCUGGUUGUUAAAAAUGGAGACACAAGGCCUUUCGUUUGAAACAGAGUUCCAGUCGGUGGUUCUUGGUCUACACAGACUGGUGAAAAUCAUGAACUAUUUAAUUAGUUUUCCCGAGAAAAAUAUACAUCUUGCGGCCAAACAGAAAACAGAUGCUGAAGCCAUGUUAAAAGAUGUAACACAUGAUACCAGACAGCUGAAAUUUAUCCUUGUGCACUAUCAGCAAGAAGUUUCCAUUCCGAACCUGAAUACCAAACAAAACAAAAUGGAAGAAUUCAUGGCAUCCUUUGAUAACCAAAAAGUGAAAGAAACAGAUUCUAAAGGACCCACACCAAAGAAAAAGCCGAAGCGGACAACGAAGACAUCUGGGAUGAAGACUCGUUUAAGAACGCUGACUGAAAUGGCCAUCGAUAUUGGGCGGCAGGAGAAAGAAUCCUCCCAUAUAAGGGAUCUGGUCUCCAUUGUUGAUAUUGUCGAGGAUCUCACCCACUCUGUAGCCUUAACGUCCGCCAUGGACAGGAGAUUCAACAGACAUAUUCCAGCAGACCAUGAAAGUGAGUCGGACGGUUUUGGACGUACCACCCAGAGAGAGUCAAAUGGUAUUGGACCCAUUAACCAUGCUGAGUCAGGUGGUGUUAGACCUACCAACCAGAGUGAGACGGAUUCCUACAGAAACACCAACCCUGACUCCGAUAGUAUUAGUAGUACCAUUAUACCAAUCCGCCAGGUUCAGUCAGAUGGUAUUAGAACCACCCAUGAUACUGAGUCAAAUGGUAUUAUACCAAUCCACCAUGUUCAGUCAGAAGGUAUUAGACCCACCCAGAAUAUUGAGUUAAAUGAUACUGGACCUAUCCCAGAUAUUCAGUCAGAUGGUGUUAGACCCACCUACUAUAAUGGUAUACCACCCUACAAUACCGAGUUAGAUGAUUUUAGAUUCGCCUACGAUACUGAGUCAGAUGGUAAACCCAUCAACGAUGCUGAGUCAUAUUGUACAUGCAUUAGGCCCACCUACUAUACUGAGUCAAAUGGUAUAAGCUCUGUCCACCAGGCUGAUCCGUACAUCGGAACCGGCCGUGAUUCGGUGUCGGGGCAAACCACUGUCCGUUUCAGUCACACUUCACUAACCGCUACAUAUUCACAGAUAAAGAAACACAUGAACACUAUUCAAAGAUAUUUAAAGUUGCAACUUUUGCGAUGGUCAGGGGGUUCUAGGUUUAAACUAUUCCUACUCAUAGUAUUAAUCAUUGUGACAGUACUGGCAAUAUUUAUCCAGUAUUGCUUUUUAUCAAAUGAGGACCGUUGUUUAUGUGUAGAACGUUUCCUGUCAUCCUUUCUUGAUAUUGACUGCUGUCCCGAUAUGGUCUUAUGAAAAUGCUCGAGUGCUUGCCUGAGGUGUUUGGGUCAGAGGACUAAACCUUCUCGGUGGACACUUUGUAGUUUCAUCGUCCCAGCUACUUCCCCACGUCUGGCAUUUUAAAGAACACAGUAUGUACUGUCCUGUCUGUAGGUGUCGUUAAUCAAAACAAACCUUUACUCAAAUACAGUGUAUUAAAAAACUAGAUUGGCAGCGUGAGGACAAACAAGGUUUCGGUAUAAUCGCACGUCGGUGUAAAGAGAUAACCUACCUUUAAGUAACAACGUGACUGUUUUACUGACAUUCUCGAGCCAGUUGUUCAAACCUUAGUUACCGCAACCAAUAGUUAUCAAACAUUUUCAGCUAUAUGUAUCUAUUUAUAUAUCUAUGUAUGGAUGUAUUUGUCAUACGUUUGCAUGAUAUAGUGCUUUACUAUCAUCUAUCUAUAUGUGUAAAUAGUGUACGGCGAUGAAUCGGGGCACUCCAACCCUGACACCUCAUGAAUGUCUGGGGCAAUAAAAUAAUUAAAGGUAAAAAAUAUUUUAAAAGAUAUAUAAAUAUACUGAACUUCAUUGGAAACGCAUCAGCCAGAUUUCGAGGUCUAAAUUGGAUAUGACAUGAGAAGAAAUAAUAAUACAUUUAAAUAAUUUUGUAUGUAGACAAUAACAAAUGUAUAGCAACCUCACACGUGGAUAGCAGUAACAACUGAAAAUAGGGUGAUGCAUUUUCAAUGUAAGAGAUCAGUAUACAUUCUUUGUAAAUAUGUUCUUUGUUAUAUUUUUGUUCCUAAGAUAAUAAAGUUUUAUUUUUGAAUUGAAA